GUAUAGAAUGUAUAGAUAUAUAUGUAUAGAUGUAUAAAAAUGUAUAGAAAAAAUAAACAAAGACGUGUACAAACAAUAGUACCGCACUCGAUUCACUUUUGCACGGGUAUUUAAAGAAAAAGGAAAGAAGACACCGAGAAAGAGUAAACAAGAAGCGUUUUUCCUACCACAAGGCUUAAAAUGAGACUUAAAUGCACUGUAUGCGGUAAGAGUGUUAAACUAGGCCAAGGCAGAAAAAUAUCUGUGAAACAAUUGGAAUUUUAUCGUAACCAUAAAAACCAUAGAACAAUUGACAGAGAUGGUACUGUCUGCAAUGCAUGCAGGAUGAAAGUUUAUAACAUCGAUAGAUCGAUUAUCAAACAGAGUACAUGCGUGCCAACCCCUGUCGCUGCGCUCAAUGUAGAACCGAAUGCAUGCAAUGACGAAGAUGAUAAAGACGAGUUAGUCACAAUUCCAACUUUAUCUGUCAGCAAGUCGCAUAGCGUGUGUGCAAUAUGCUUAAUUAAAAACAAAAAUCUUAUCUGCAUGGGAGAAUCUGUGCGUUUAAGUGUAUUCGUUAAUCAAGGUGUAUUACUGGAGGAAGGGGUCAGGUGUUGUAAAAAUCAUUUAAACGGGAAACAGCUUAAGCGAGAUGCCAUUAUAGACAAAUCUAAGCUUCGUAAAAAACAUACUACUAUACAGACUUCUCAGCUAGUAAAACUACUGGAAAACCUUCGCAAGUCAGCCUCUGUAUCCACAGCCAGACGUCUCAGCUUUGACGACCUAGAGGACUACACAGACAUCGACCUUCUUAACCUGACAGGACUGAAAAAGCACCAGUUUGAGGAGCUAGUUGAAAUGAUUACAACCCUAAAGAAGUCGAAGUUAAUGUCGCCCAGACUUGCUAUUGGAGUGCUGCUGGUGAAACUCAGAACAGGGCUCUCUCAGGGAUUUAUUGGAACACUCUUUGGUAAGAAGCAAAGACAGAUUUCCCGAUAUAUCAAACAAGCCAGAGAAGCCCUUUGUUCGGAUUUUGUCCCCUCGUAUCUUGGCUUCCAUCACAUUUCUAGAAAUACCAUCAUUGAAGAACAUACAACAUACUAUGCAACUCAAAUAUUUAGCAACUUUUUGUCAGACUCUGUAAUAUCUAUCAUGGAUGGAACGUACAUAUACAUUCAAAAAAGUCACAAUUACGCAUUUCAACGUCAAUGUUUUAGUAUGCACAAGCACAGACCCUUAGUAAAACCAAUGGUAGUUACAGCAACUGACGGCUACAUCAUUAGUAUUCUGGGCCAAUUUUUUCCCAAUGGUCGAAACAACGACGCCUCAAUUCUGAAAUAUAUGGUCAAAUCAAAUGAAGAGAACUUAUUACAGUGGUUUAAAAAAGAUGAUAUUCUUAUUCUCGACAGAGGUUUUCGUGACUCCAUAGAGUUUUUAAACGAUAUCGGGUUUUGUACAAAAUUCUCUGCAUUUCUUGGUCCCAAAGAAAAACAAUUCAGUGCAAAGGAGGGGAAUGAAACAAGACUCGUAACAAAGAUUAGAUGGGCUGUUGAGUCGGUCAACGCUAGGUUGAAGACAUGGAAGUUCUUGGACAAAGUAGUAUGUAACAAAGAUAUUCCCCAUCUUAAAAAAUACAUUAAUAUAGUGGCAGCAAUCUGCAAUUGUUUUCGUGCCCCAUUACAGCAAUCCCGUGACAACGAUUGCGACAUAGCCCGUAAGAUGGUGGAACGCACUAAAAUGGCAAACCUUGUCCAGCAGGAGGUCGAAUCUCAGGGACAUUUAAAGAAACAUUCAAGUCAUUGGCAGAGCAUCGAAUCCAUUGAUUUCACAUUCCCACGGUUAGGUGACGACUACCUAAGAUCCCUAACAUUUGGGGUGUAUCAACUGUCACAGGCACCGCAUUAUGCCGACCAACAUUUAAGUGAUGGUGACUUAGACAUCAGAGUUAAUAAAGCAUCCGACGAAUACAUAAGGGGGAAAAUUCAGUCUCGGCAUACGUCAUCAAAGAAAUAUUUUCUGUGGAUAAAGAUAAACCAUGAUGAUCCACACGACCCAAUUGUUGGUUGGUAUUGCGAGUGCAAAGCGGGUGCCCGCACAGUUGGGUGUUGCGCACAUAUAGCAACAAUCAUUUGGUAUUUAGGAAAUGGAAAACACUCGCAAUAUCAACCAAAAUUGGAUAUAUUGACACCAUCUGUUCAAGACGCAGCGGCAAUUCCUGAAGUAGAGAUUGAUCUCAAACUUCUCGACUAACUUAUGUAUGCUAUAGUAAAUGAAUAAUUACCACUUUAAAAUUGUGUAAUUGCAUUUAUAAAAAGGAUGUGUAUCACAUUACUAUUUAAGAGUGAAAAAUGCAGAUUCAUAUGACCACACUUUGAAUUUAAUCGCAAGAUGUUGAAUACCAUAUGUUGAAUACCACUGUUUAACUAAGUAUUACAAAAGCUUGACCUUAAAUUUCAACGCGUCAGAUAAUUCUAUUUAUAGAAGCAGGUACUUUCCAUUUAAAAAUGAGAAAGGGCGAAAAAAUGGGAAAGUACGCUAUACCUCUUUUAAAUAUUAAUGAA